AUGCCACCCAAGAAGGCCGAUAAGGGCGGUGGUGCCGCCAAAAAGCCUUCGGCAACCAAACAGGUGGAAGACAAGACUUUUGGUAUGAAGAAUAAGAAGGGUGCCGUCGCCAAGAAGCAGAUUGCCCAGAUGACGAGCAAUUUGAAGAAUGGUGUAAGCCCUGAAGAGAAGAAGAAGCAAGCUGAGAAAGCCCAGAGAGAGAAGGAGAAGAAGGCUGCCGAGGACGCCAAAAGGGAAACAGCAUUGCUUCUUAAUAAACCUGCUCAAAUACAAAAAGUACCGUUUGGUGUAGAUCCCAAGACGGUGUUGUGCAUUUUUUUCAAGAAGGGAGAUUGCGAGAAGGGCAAGAAGUGCAAAUUCUCGCAUGACCCGAAUAUCGAGCGAAAGACUGAGAAGAAGAAUCUUUAUGCAGACACAAGAGGACAGGAAGAGGAAGAAAAGAAAAAGCAAGAGACUUCUGCCGAAUGGGACGAAGAACAACUGCGGAAGGUGGUCUUGUCAAAGAAGGGCAACCAAAAAACAACGACGGAGAAGGUGUGCAAGUUUUUCAUCUCAGCUAUUGAGGAUGGAAAAUACGGCUGGUUCUGGGUUUGCCCAAACGGUGGAGAUAAGUGCAUGUACAGACAUGCCCUGCCUCCUGGAUUCGUCCUGAAAACAAAGGAGCAAAGGGCAGCCGAGAAGGCACUUAUGGACAAAUCACCACUCAAGACGCUCACUCUGGAAGACUUCUUGGAAUCCGAGCGACACAAGCUCACUGGAACUCUUACACCCGUCACCCCAGAGACCUUCGCCAAAUGGAAGAAGGAACGUCUUGACAAGAAGGCUGCCGAGGAGCAGCUUCGCAAAGCCAAGGAGAACACGGGUCGGGCACUUUUCGAGAGCGGCAAGUGGCGUGAUGAAGAAGACUCCGAAGAAGACGACGAUGGCGCAUGGAACAUUGAGAAUUUGCGACAAGAGACGGAGGCAUUGCGUGAGAAGAGGGAAGAGCAAAGACUGGCUACCAUCCACGGGGGCGAAGUACCCCUGACAACAGAGCCAGCCGAGUCCGAGGAUAUCGAGGAACAAGCCGGCCAGGUAGCAGAGGCAGGCCCUGCCGGUGCUUGA